AUGUACGUUCUCAUCUUCACCGUGGCUCACAAACGACAAAAAAGACUGCGAAAUGGCGGACUGGGCGAAACGUUCAACGUACUGGAUCAGCGAACUGCCUUUCGCCAAGAUUUGAAAGUGAUUAGAAUGCUUUUUCUCGUCGUGGGUCUGUUUAUAAUUUGCUGGGGUCCGUUUUUUAUUUGGUGGUUGCUGUCAUUCAACUACUGGCUUCGUUUGAGAAUAAUUGCAACGACAAUAGGCAUACUCCACAAGUCUAACAGUCUCUGCAAUCCAAUAAUUUAUGCUUGGCUGGAUCAAACAUACAGAAAAGCUUUCAAACACCUCUUCCAAAUAAUGAUGCGCACCGCCAAAACUGACGUCUAA